GGGUAGGUUUUGGCGGUCAUAUAAGUCAAAGUGAAUGGUCACAUUUGACCUGGCACUUAUGUAUUAUCUAUAUAUACAUAUGUAUAUAACGUUCAGGCGCUAACUUUAGAUCACAUUCACAUACAACAUUUACUGAACAUGAUCAGAGAGGGUAAAGACUUCCCAGAGUUGUUGGUUUAACAGAUGCAUGUAUCACCAUGGGGUGUAUGUAUUCCAGUGCGGAUAGAUCCGACAGAAGUUCUAGAACAUUCCGUGUCUACAAUGUGGAUGAAAAUGGAGAUGAGUUGAAUUCUGGCAAAAUUGAAGUUACAGAUGUAGACUUGAUUCUACAUCAGAAAGGAAAAGAUCCCAUUCAUUGGCCGUUACGGUGCCUGAGGCGAUAUGGAUGUGAUCAAGAGUUAUUCUCCUUUGAAAGCGGCAGACGUUGUCCCACAGGUCCAGGUAUAUAUGCAUUCAAAUGCCGCAGGGCCGAGUCCCUGUUUGCUGCAGUACAGGGGUGUAUUCAAAGGGCCGGACAACAGGAUGAGCUAGGGGCAAACCAGGCAUUCGACCAUAACAUUCACAGCAGUCGGCCAUCGUCUGUUAUAGAAAUGCAGCAAGUCAAUGGAUUUGUCGUACAGCCAGGAACUGUACAAACGAAUGCUUUGACGAGAGACAUCAACUAUAUAAACGUUGACACGACUGUCGAUGCCGAUCAUCAGUAUGUGAACGUGAACACUGGUGGCGCAAAUGGUACUCGACAGCGUAGUUUGCCCAAUGGCGGAAUGGAUAGUGUGAAUGCAGAAUCGGUACUCAUUGAUUUCUUACACAAUCCUAAGCUUCAGCAAGACAGUGACUAUAACAGAAAUUCAGCAGGUUUACAGUAUAUCAGACUCGAUUUAGCAGAAAGUGCAGAAGAUGAAUGUGAUGAAGCCAGUGUCAUGCCUAGUCAAAAUGUCAACCGCCCAAGGAUACAGUCAGAGCCUGAUGUGGACGGGGGUGAUGAUCACGGUCUGCCAAAUAUUGAGCUAGACGAGACAAUAAACGGUGACGUGUUCGAUGACGCGCCUUUUGAUGGCGCAAAUCAACCCGAUUACAUGAAUGUGACCGCAGAUGGAAUUAGAGUAAGCAAUGGAAAUCCAGUCCGUCAGUCAAAAAAUGCAGAUCACAACUAUUUGAAUAUCUCGCAUCCGAUUUCCACAUCCAACGGUAGCAGUGUGCCAUCUUGUGCCCCACCUGUACAGGGACCUGGUCGUCUCAACUACAUAGAAGUGGCGAACCUGACAAACGGCACGGGUUCAACCACUCCUACGUCCCCUGUGUCGUACAACUCGUACCCUGUAGAAUCACCCAGCAAAAGGACAGACAGUUACACCGUGAUCGACUUUGCCAAGACUCAGGCACUGUCCAACUCGUCUCGUGUGAUGAGUGACGCUGCAGGGGAGGGAAUUCGUAAGACGCGCCACAACAGCACGAUCACCAGCUAGUGGGUAAAGCUGGUGCUCAUUAUUAUUUAUGGAUGUGAUUAAUCAUAUAUAUAUAUAUAUAUAUAUAUAGAUGUUGGUGAAACUUAUAUAAAGUACUGUAUACAGGUUUGGUCCAAUUGUAAUUUAUGUAUAUGUGCAUACAUGUUCCUCUUGUUAUAUACUCUUAUAUAGUACGUAUUACAAAUACACAGAUGUAUAUGUUUGCAUAUGACUACAAAGGAAUUUAACGCUUGCAAUUGUAAGGCAUGCAUAUGUCACUGCCUGAGAGGGGCAAUAUAUAUGCUGUUAUAUACCUGAUAUAUAAUAUUUAAAAUACAGCUAAAAUGUUAAGUGUCACAAUAUAACGUAAACAUUUCAUCAACGUAUUUUCCUACCAGUAUUGUCUGAUAAUUAUAAUGUACGGAAAUAUUUGUGCUCCAUGCGUCUCGUCCUUUUUUCUGCAGCUAAUUAAGUUGUCUUUGUUAUUUUUUAAGAUACAUGCACAUUUUUCAUUACCAAAAUUAUGUUUUACUAAAAUUUUAAAUAAUAGCGCUGUUAAUUGAAUAUGCCCAGUAGUAGCGUCCAAUGGAGGUACCGUCACAUACAAAGAUUAUUUUAUUUAAUUAGUAUCUAUUUAAUGAUGAAAUGUUUGUAACUGCUAAUUAUAUAACAACUUUAAAUGUACCUUGAGCUUUAAGUUCUCUAUCAUUGUUUUAUCUUAUAUAAUAAUUUUAAAGUACAAACAUAACUAAGUUUGAACAGUAUAUAUUAUAUCACUUAUGUAAGCUUUGGAGCGCUGAGUGCUGAUCAGUGAUAAGUCUAGAAUUCUGAUUGGCUGUUUUGAUUCGGAGUUCUGAUUGGCCAUUCUUGUUCCGAGUUCUGAUUGGCUAGCGCUGUUUGAGUUUGAAUAAUAAUGUGAAUCUAUACUUGCUUCUUAAAACAGAUGCAUCAUAUAUAAUCCAGUAUACAUACAUGUAUGUAUUAUGAAUGGUUCAAUUUGAAAUUACAAUUGUAUACAAAUGAAGCUGUUCAUAAGUCAAAAAAUGUCUGAUCAAUGAUAAAUAUAAACUUUGGUAUAAAAUCUUAAUUAAUGUACAAUCUAGAUUUUUUUUUAUUAUCAAAAGAUCAAUUCAUAUUCUUUUAUAUAGACUUGGUGUGAUUCUGUAAAAAUUGAUUUUGAAUUUUCAUAGUCAUUGAUUUUAACAGUCACAUGACUUUUAUCCAUUGUCAUGUGACCGAAGAUUCUGUGAAAUCCCAAAUAAACAACAUUAAUAUAUUACAGACCUUACAAUUAAAACAAUGUGUUGCUCCUAAGCUAAAUAAAAAUCACUUAAAUUUUGUAGUUUACCCAUAUAUAUACACAUUCAAAUUCGGUGUAUUUCAUUCAGAUAUGUAAACCUAAACACAGUCAUCAGAAAAGUGGUUAAGAUUGCUUAUAUAAUUAGUUGGUUAGAGUGCCGGCCAUGUAUCCUCAGGUGAAGAUCCGAAGUGCCUGGUUCGAUGCUCCCUACCUGUGUCAGUUUGUGUUCAAAUUUAUGGAUGCUGAGCACAAACAGACCGGUCUGUGCUGUCGUGGUUGUGUCCUUAGGCAAGACACUUUACCCUUAUUUCUCUGUAUGGCAUGUGACAGACCUCCAGCUGUAUGUUGUUCAGUGAGGUAGUCACCAACUACUACAAGGGGACCCUGCUACAAAAUGACCCUGGCUGUUCAUGGGCAGCAAACAAACAUAUUUUAAGCAACAAUGUCUAAGAUCACCUUCCAAUUAAUCAAUUAAUGUCAUGUUUAUUAAUUCAGCAAAGAAAGCCAUUUUGCGUAAAAUUAUUAAUAAUUAUGCUUUUGUUUAAAAAAAAAAAAUCAAAAUAAAUUUUAAUACCAACUUUAUAUGUUAUACCACCUUCAUAUGUAAAUUAUUUGGAAUUUGGAUUGUUAUUGAUUAAUUUGAUAAUUAGCUUCAGUGGUAUUUUGUUGAUAGCCAAAGCGAUGGAUAACAUUUCUCCAUGUGUAGAUGAAAUCAUAUAAAUACUUUUGAAGAUUUUAUGAAAUCUACAACACAUGCUAAUUAUUACAGAUGUUUAAAAGUCAGGUAUUUUAAUUUUUUUUUUUUUUAAUUUCAGAUAGUAUAUUGAGACCUAUUAGCAAAAAUACCACAAUGUGUAAAUUUGAUUUACACGAGACCUAUUAUCAAAAAUACCACAAUGUGUAAAUUUGAUUUCCACCAACAGCCACAAAUACUGGAUUUCUACCUCUCCCUCAUGCAUGCUCAUAUCUACACUCAAGGACGUAAAACUUGUGUAUUCAAAAAUGUAAAGAAAACAACAUAGCCUUGUGCAUUGUUAUAGAAUUUAUAAACAUUCAUUUUCAACCAGAUACAAUUUUAAAGUGUUUAGCUUGUAGAAGCUGCCAGCUGACAUUUAAAAAUGGUGGUAUAGAAAUGUUUUGACAUUUUCAAGUAGCUUGUCAUUAAUUUUCUUCCAUAUAUAGUAGCUCUCGCUCUCUUGUUCAUGGUAGAGUUAUUAUAUAAUAUACAUGUAAAUUCGCUCGUACUUUUAAUGCACGCUGUUAGGGAAAUGAAAAUUUAGAAUUAUUUUGACAUUUUCAAAUAUCUUGUCAUUAAUUUGCUUCCAUAAGGAGCUAGCACUGUUGUUCACGGUAGGUUAAUUAUAUAAAUUACAUGAAUAAAACGUUGUGCCAGCUGGACACAGCUACACUGUGUGUACACCACACCUACUGCUGUUAUUUAGCAGUACAUCCUGGUACAAUAUAUAAAUAUAUUAUCAGGUAUUCUCUAGGAAUGUACAGAUUUUUUUGGUAUUUUUCGCAGCAUUAUUUAAUUAGAUGUCUGAUAUUCAUUUACUUGUCUGUGCAAGCUCUAGAUAUCAAAGUAAAAAAGAUCAACAUAGCGGAGGGUAUUAUCGUAAAUGUCCAUGUUUCAUUCUGACAGAAUGUCAAUUUCAUUUGUCUUUUGAGCACAUUUGCAUGGUAUACGUAUAGGCCAUGCAGCGCCAAUUUGGCUUCUUCAUUGUUUAUUCAAAAAUUGUAAACAUAUUAUUGACCUCUGUCAUUAUAAACAUGAUUUAACUUGAAUUAUUUUUUCAAACUUCAUAGACUUCCUGUACUGGCAAAUUAUGAUGGUAUAUACUUCAUGAAAUUCAAGAAAACAGAUUUUGAAAUAUAUAGUAUUUGAGGUGAUCUUGACAUUUGGAGUUAGGGGAUAUGGUAUAUCAUUAAAAUGAUCUAUUGGAAUUUCUUGGAGAUUUUAUUUCCUAUCGGUAUUUUAAUUUUACACUGAAAAGUUAUUAGAAUGAAAAUAUUCUGUUGGCAUUUUAAUAAUAAUUCAUCUGAAAAUAAGUUUGACCUUUAGCCAACUUCCUCUGUAUAGAAGUUUUGCCUCAAGAGUCAUUGUUGAUCAUGAAAUGUUGAUUAAAAUGAGGAAAAUAUCCCAUCCAAGGCCAUAGGCACAUAUUCCUAUGCAUAAGUAGCUAACAGACAGAGUGAAAUAAAGGGAGGUAACUCCAAUAGAUCGGAAUGGGUCAUGGUGACCAAAUUGAACUGCCUGAAAUCAGCAUAAUUUCUGUGUAAUGUACAUAUACAUCUAAAAUGUUUAUGUAGACAACCGCAUUAAUUAACAUAAAUAAAUGUUCCUUCAUAUGUGAAAUUAUAUAAACUUGCUAUAGAAGUGUGUACAUGUGUUAUUCAUAGUAAACAAAAAUCUACAGUAUGUCUGUGUUACUAGGGCCAUUGGUUCCAGUACAUAUUUGUAAACAAGCAAUUAAGCAUUAUCCUUGUAUAUAUAUAUAUUUGUAUGUAUAUAUAUAGUGAUAAAUAUUACUGUGCACUAGUUAUAUAUCGAGCAUAACUCAUUGUAUUUCCUGUGAAACAACAGAUAUAGAAAAAUAUAUAUGUCGAUAUAUAUUGUGCAGUUUUCCUCCACUCAUGUUAUGUUAAUAAUCAUAAGCAUUAAUUAAUAAAAGAAGAGCAGUUUAAUUAAUAAUUACUCAUAAACUGGUUCAGUGUGUAUGUAAUAUGUAAACAUAUUCAUGAUAUAUAUAUAUUUAUAAUGGCUGUUUCAUGAGAAUCAAAGUGAAAUCCUUAUUGAUGUGCUAUGAUUUCAGUAUUUUGUGUUUUUAUUAACAGUUUUCUCAACUCUUAUUUUUUUAAUUUCUUGUUCCCAAUCGCUAAGAAAGUAAAUUUAUUUUUAACACAGAUUAGAAAUCAUCAAUUGUCGGCCAGUAUUUAUAUAACAUGUUUGCCUGUGCUUGUCAAUUCAAGAUUUAAAGUUAAGAAAAAUAGGGAAAGUGUUUCGUUUUGUUUUUACAGAUCUAUGUAAUAAAGGUAUUGUAGACAAAACAUAUAUAUAAAUUAUGUAAAUGAUAUUCAAAUUCAUUGUUAAUAUGUUAAUUAUAGGGUGGGCAGGUGUGUUAUUCCUAUACUAUAUUUGUCCUAAUAAGCGUACCUGUAUAGGUGUUUCAGACAAGAAAAUGAAAUUAGAGUACAUUGGAAUAAAAGAUCGGGUAAAAAUAGGGUGAACAACACCAAAAUAGAGUCAAAAUUUCCUGAAAAAAAGUGCAGGUGCUCUGUUAGUCACUUGGCUUGCAAGUGCAUCUCCACAUUUUUUUUUUCAGAAAAAUAGGAUGGAUGUGAUAAUUGACAAGUUUCUUCUAAAUGAUCUUUUUGAUAAAACCUUCAGUCUUUUCACCAAAGACUCUGGAUUGUUUUACUACAUAAAGAAAUUUGUGCUGUGCUCCCUAAUGAAAAAAAAAAA